AUGGAUGAAAACAAGGAGGUCUUUGAGGCAGCAUUUCAAGAAGCGGAAAAUCAACUUGCAGUACUUGACUUCCUGGCCACAUGCGCUGGUUCUCCCGGGCCGCACGCUGCCUCCGCGGAGCCGAGCGACUCGCGCUGCGUGGACACGAGCUCCCGGGAGCCCGCGAGGAGCUGGGGAGCCCCGGGCUGGACGAAGAGCCAAGCACCUGGGCAUCCCGCGGGACUGGCACUCACCGGGCCCCUCAACCCCCAAACUUUGCAACAGCAGCUGGAAGAGGAGGAGAAAGCUGGGGACCGAAAGGAGGGAGGGGAUGAACAGCAGAAGGCGUCCCCCGGAGAGGAGCCGGAGCCCAGGACCCGCGUCGGGGCCCGCGAAGGACUGGUCCUGGAUGUGCUGGGUCAGUGGCGCUCGCCCCCCGCUAAGAGACAAGUCUUCUGCUCCGUCUACUGCCUGGAGAACGACCUGCCUCAGCGCCCCACAGCGGAGCAGCCCUCGCCGCCCGCGUCGCCACCUCGGGCUCCUCCAGUGACAGACCCUCCCAGCACCCCCUCCUCCUUUCCUAGCCCCCGGCUCCCCCUCCCAACGGACCCCCUGUCUCCCGAUGGCGGCAGCAUCGAGCUGGAGUUCUACCUGGCGCCAGAACCGUUCUCCGUGCCCAGCCUGCUUGGAGCUCCACCCUACUCUGGCUUGGGUCGGGUAGGGGAUCCCUAUGCGCCCCUCAUGGUGCUGAUGUGCCGGGUGUGCCUGGAAGACAAGCCCAUCAAGCCCUUGCCCUGCUGCAAGAAAGCCGUGUGCGAGGAGUGCCUCAAAGUCUACCUGAGCUCCCAGGUACAAGUUGGCCAAGUAGAAAUCAAAUGCCCUAUCACAGAAUGUUUUGAAUUCCUGGAAGAAACAACAGUUAUCUAUAACUUAACGCACGAAGACUCCAUCAAAUAUAAGUACUUCUUGGAACUUGGCCGUAUUGAUUCCAGCACCAAGCCAUGUCCUCAGUGCAAGCACUUUACAACCUUCAAGAGAAAAGGACAUAUUCCCACUCCUUCCAGAUCAGAAAGCAAAUACAAAAUCCAGUGCCCCACUUGCCAAUUUGUCUGGUGUUUUAAGUGCCACUCUCCUUGGCAUGAAGGCGUUAACUGCAAGGAGUACAAAAAAGGAGACAAAUUGUUGCGUCACUGGGCCAGCGAAAUUGAGCAUGGGCAGAGGAAUGCCCAAAAGUGUCCAAAGUGCAAGAUUCACAUCCAGAGAACUGAAGGAUGUGACCAUAUGACCUGUUCACAAUGUAACACUAAUUUUUGUUAUCGAUGUGGGGAGAGAUACCGCCAGCUCCGUUUCUUUGGAGACCACACGUCAAACCUCAGUAUAUUUGGAUGCAAAUAUCGCUACCUCCCAGAGAGACCUCAUCUAAGGAGAUUAGUGCGAGGAUCGGUCUGUGCUGGAAAAUUAUUUGUUGCACCUCUAAUCCUGGUCUUGGGAUUAGCACUAGGGGCCAUAGCAGUUGUAAUCGGUUUAUUUGUAUUUCCUAUCUAUUGCCUUUGUAAAAAACAGAGAAAACGAUCACGGACAGGUAUGCACUGGUGAAACGCAGGUGAUUUCAUCUAACUAAACUGGUCCGUGAAGGAGUUAUACAGAAUGGUACACCAUCUGAGAGUCACAUCUUGAAAAACAUGGAGAGGAACCUUUGCCAUCUCAUCUCACCGUGGUUCUUUACAAGCGACAAAGGCUAGCUCCGGUGCACUCCCAACAUGGUAUCCUGUCCUUUUCUUAUACAGAUUGCUGCUUUUAAAAAAUGGUCACUUUCAUACACUAUAAACAUCUGUAUCAUAACUCUGACCUUCUUAAUGGGUCUUGGAAGAAAAUAUUUUAAUUAAGAACCAGUUAUCCUCAGAAUUGUCUGAGCAUGCCUCUCCUGAGCAUUGCUUGGACUGUCUUUGAAUCUGAACCCUCCUCCAGUCCAUCUUAUGAGACUUGGUGUGAAUAGCUGAAGUCCCACCUGUACCAACCAAAAAGGCCAGUUUUUAAAAAAUAAAGGCUCACCCACCGUAUACCCCUGUUUUCAUCUGUGGCCCAAGCAGUGUAAUUCCUUCAUUCUUCAGAUGCUAUAAUUGUUAAAAAUCUCAGUGCCCAAAAGGGAAAUAAUGAAACUAAAUGAGAAGAAUCAUGAGUUACUGAAGUGUAUGUGUAGGGGUGUGAAUGUGUGUGUGUAAAUAUCUGUAUUAAAACUUGACCCAAUAACCUUGUGCUUGUCAAGUUCCAUGCCUUUACACUAUUUUCCCACAUUUUCAUAGACAUAUUUAAAGAUGAUGGUUCUUUUGUGGGCAUAAUUUGGUAACGUAGUAAUAAAAGUCAGUGUAGACAAUAGGCUCUUUCAAUGUUGACCCAUUUGUUUGGACUUCUUGCUAUCUCUCUUUGUCUCAAACACACACACACACACAAACACACACAAACACACACACACAGAAAUGUGUGCAAUGUUACCCCAAAGAUUAUCAAACUUUAUAAACUGACAAAACAGACUGAUUUUAGGAAACUCGCAAGGCCUAAACAUUCAUUCUUUUCAGAUUUCUUAUAUUUUGGCAUACAUAAAAUGAUACAAGAAAAAGGGAUGCUUUACUAUGUGUAUAAACCCUUCAGGCAAAUUAGUUAAUUUAAAUAGAAAGUUUGCUAUAGAGAGAAUUGCUUAAGCCUUAAAAACAAACAAACAAACAAAAAAGCAAAAAAAAAAAACCCUAUUCGGCUAAUUUUUUAACAAACUUGUAAUUACAGAUAAUUCUGCUCUACAUCCAGGUGUGAUGUUAUUUACUACCCUACCCUCUUACCUCUCCUCUUUCUUUCUCUCUCUUUUUAAUUUGUCCUCAAGUUUUUUAGAAAAAAGUUUUUGAAGGACUUUUCUUAUGUUUACUGCUCAUAUGCAAAAUAAUGUGCUUUAUCUUCUCAUGGAGGGGUAAUUUGAAAACAAAACUUUUGUGUUCGUGGGUUUACCUAAUAUAUAAACUGCUCUUGAAGAUAGAAACAAAAAAUAAAAAUGAAGGAAAUAUUUUCAGGAAUUUUUACCAAGCUGAGAAGUCUUUAAAAAUAAGAAAAGGACAAGUAAACUUGUUUCCAAAUCCUCAUUAUUAGCUAUCUUCAUAGAUGUAGCAUUUAUUUGACAGCAACCUUGAGUGAAUUGAAAUAGAUUAUGUAAUAAAACAUGCAUUAACAUGGAUAGUGUUUCUUGUUGGGCUGCAGAGAAUAAGAACAUUUAUCAUUUUUAUUUGACCUACAAAGUCCAUGAUAGUGAGCUUUACUUGUGUGGAUAACAAACCCACAUACUUGCAUUCUUUCUGAAUACCACUCAAAAUAGCUGUACUAUAGAUUCUGGACUGGACUACUUCCAGUUAGAGGAGGGUAUGGUUCUGUAAUGGCAUAUUUCUAAAGCAUAAAAUGAUACAAGAAAAAAGGAUGUGUUCUAGUUUCACAAAAUCAACUUUCCAUUCAUCCAUCCAUAUAUCCAUUCAUUCAACAAAUAUUUAUUCAGUGCCUAUUCCACAUGCUCUAGUAUUGAAACUGAGAGAAUGGGAAAUUCUAGCCUAAAUCCAAGUAAUUCUGUCAUAAAGUGCUUAAUUUUUGUAAAUUCGUCUUUCCCAGACAUAGUUGUUAGUUUGAUAAUAUGUGAAUACGAUGAUUCUAAAUCUAGUGGAUAUGUUUAUGUAUGCUAUCAUAUGUAUAUAUACAUAAUAUUUCCACAGAAAUAUUAUAUAUGUAUAUAAAAUCCAUGUGUUUAUGUAUAAUAUACAUACAUAUAUAAUAUUUCUAUUGAUGUACAUGAAUAUAUAUGCCACAAACAUAUAUACGAGCUGGCUAAAUAAUAUACUCUCUGGUCUAUUAGAUGAUUUAUUUUCUUAGGUUAUUGUAUUUGUUGUCUUUGGCCUACUCAGGGAUUUUUUUUCUUUCUUUGAAUAACUUAUCUUUGGGAGAUAUUUUUAUAUUAUUUGGAAAUGUUCCAGUUUUCAAAUUACAAAGUGAUAUCUGUUUCAUCAAUGCUUAAGCUAGCAUGCACUGUGUUGCACAGAAUUUUUCUUUUUCUAUAGCACAGAUUUUUUUAAAUUAAUGUAUGCAUUUUUUUCUCUUUAAAAAUUGCUGUAUAUUAGGCCUUUCCCCAUUAGUGACUUCAUUAUUUGUGAAUUUUUUUUAACUGUCAUCAAGAUCUUAAAAAGAGAAGAAAACAAAAAGGAUUAUUUAUGUAUUAGUGCCAACAUUGAAGAUAAAACCAUAGUAACUUCUGGGACGAAUUCUAAAAGCUAGAGAAAGAAGCAUACACAUAAAAUAAAUAUCUAUCCAACUCUGUCAUUUUUAUAUGCUUUUAUUGUAAAUUUAAUAUAUACUUAUUUUUUAAAAAAUCAAACCAUAUAGAAUUAGAAGAUACAAAUUUCUCUGCUUAACCCACCCCUUAUUUUCUAAGGGUAACCACCGUUAAUGGUUUGGUAUGUGUCCUUCUACACACUUUCUACAAAUAUACAAAUAAGUGUUUGUGUGUAUACAUGUCUGUGUAUGUCAGUUUAAUAUAAAUAGAGGAAUAAUAUUCUUACUGUCCUGUGACUAUUUUUCAUUUUAUUAUUUAUUGGUAGACAUCUUACCUUAACAGUUUAAAUAGGUUUACCUCAUUCUUUGCUAAAAUACUACAUAUCCCAUUGUGGGGCUAUACUUUAAUUUAUUUAAUUAGUCCUCUCUGGAGUGGACAUUGAGAUUCCUUUUGCUUCUCUAAUAUAAAGCAUCAGUGAAGAUCCUUUAGAUAUGUGGUUGUCACUUUGUGUUAACAUUCCCAUAAAUUUUUUAAUUUGGUUUUCAUAAAAUAUUUGUAAUAAAAUUUUAAUACAGUUUCAGUAAAUGGGAUCAUAGAGAUAGUAUAUUUGAGACUUUUAUCUUAGAGAAAAAGAAAGACUAUGUAGAAGUGCAUAAUUUUUAAAGAAAAGCAUCUCUUGCAGGAUAAUUUUCCCCCUGUUUGAUUAGCCAAAUAAAUACCUUGCCAAGAUGUAUACAAGAAAAUUAAUCUUAUUCCAAUAAAAAUAAAAUGUAAUGAGAUCUCUAUAAGAUAUCUGAGAAAGAGGCAUUGAUAUUUGGAUUGCCUCGUUGUAAAACUUGAGGGAUUAAAUGAAAUAGCCAAAUUGAUCAUGUUUAUCACAUUUUUUUAACACUAUCCAUGUUCAUGCAUGUUGCUCCACAAAAGAACUUAAAUAUGCCAUUGUGAAAAAUAGGAAGCAAUAUGUUGGCAAUUAUGAAUGACCACAAUUAUCUAUAGAAAAAUAUAUUAGACUGUAUGUGAGGUUUGAUGGUUUGUUGGGAUGCUUUAUAAAUUGUAGAAUAACAUGAAUCAUUCAUUUUACAGUGACUCCCAGCAAUUCCCUUAGAACUUCUGUUUGUGGCAUUAAUAAGAGGAGAGGGGUCAAACUUUUUGGUACAAGCAACAUCCUGUUGCCACCACCUUGAUUUUCUGAUAGGUGCUAUUGUAUCCUUAAUGUAGAACAGACAGGAAAAGAAUCAAAGAUAAUUAAACACCAGUCAGGUUACAACCUGAUAUCUGUAAUUGUACUUUCUCUGCUGUGGUAUCAGGAUUCAGUGCUGCCUGUCAGGAGAUUUCUUCCUCUGUGCCACCCCUAUCUCUUGAGUCCUUAGGCCCCAGGUGAGCCUUUAUCUUUCAGUCCUACCAUUCAAAUAGAUGGCCUGUGGAUCCCUUAAAAUACUCUCAAAUCACUGCAAUCUCUCCCAGUCCCUGGUGGCCUUCCCCAACCUCAUUUUUCUCUACUCCUCUGAUACUCUAGCUCCUCUUCUAAAAGAGAGGAAAAGAGACAGGAGAGGGUGAAAACUCACUCUGGCAUGUGCAAAGCAUCAGCAUUCCUUCUCGACCUUUGUCAAAUUAGAGAGUACAUCUGCCAACACUGAUCCAGCUUCUUCCUCAUUAAACAAAUACAAUUGUUUUUAACAUUAGGCUUUUAUCCCGCCUGUUAAAUUCAUAAUUAAAAAAAGUGGCCUAAAUAAUAUUAAUUGGUGUACUUCAUUAAGUACCAAAAUUUUAAAAAUUCAUGCCAAAAGCCAUUUUAGAUUUUAAUUUUACAAGCAAGCUGCACAUAUGCCUUAAUGUGAGUCUUCCUAUUGGAUCAUAUGCUUAUUCUUUCAUAUUUGUUGCACCUGAAAUCUAUCUCAAUAUUGAAAGUUAAGUUUUCCUGUGGUCAACUCUAUUGUUUCGUGUUAAUAUCUAUCAUAAAUAUAGCCUUAAAACUCAGUAAUGCACUUUAAAAUAUUUGUGCCAUUUAACUAAUUUGACAGAAUUAAAGAAACUGAUUACAUAUAUUUUGAGGGAGACAGAAUAAGUGUUAGUAAAUAUAUGUCACCUCUUUAAAUUUGGAAGGGAAGAGGGGUGGGAUCUAAAACUGAAAAUUUAAAACAAGUAAAAUAUACCUGAAAAAAUGUAGCCAAGUUUCUGAAAUUAUAGUCAUCCUAGAAAUUGGUAUCAGGAGCUCAAACAUAGCUAGUAAAUUAAUAAACAUUACCUAAUAACCUAGUUGGAAUGUUUGUUAAAAAUAUUUCUACCGUAAAUUUUAACUGCAUUUUUGUAUUUUAUGAAAUCUAUAAGAAAUUCCAUUGGCUAGAAACAAAGUAAAUCAAAACUACCACCAAUAGCCAGUUCGAGAGUAUUUGUUUUUCAAAUAUUUGUGGCUUAAUUAUGACAUUUUUCUCCUCCUAUGGAAAAUAAGUUCCAAAAUCCCAUUUUUAAUAUGUAUAUCACAAUUUUUGCUUUAAUAAAACUGAAAUAAUUUUACAGAAGCAUUAAGAUAUGGUCAGAACAAAAUCAGAGCUCCAAAAUUUGGGGAGUAUUCAAAAUUGUGAAAUGUUAGCUUUUGGAUGCAAACCAAUGAUGCAAACCUUUAAAAAGAAAUGCAAUGGAACUCUUUUCUAACUGUGGUUUUAAGGAUAGAGCUAGUACUCAUUUAAUAGCCAGUGGUGGGUAAGGCUUCUAUCAUACAUCACUGUUGUGAGGCUGGAACUAUAGUUGACUUUAUCCAAAUCCAAGAAGCAGGGAGUUCGUUUGGAGCAUUAGCUGAAACCUUUCUAUAUCACAUACCUUAUAGAUUCCUAUGUAUAGUGCCAAUUUUAGAAGCAUGUAAUUACGUAUAUUUUAAACCUUAUUCUUUUUUGACUAAAGAAAUGACUAUGUUGAGAAUAACAAUAUGGUCUUAAAAUGCAAUAACUUAUUUUUUUAAAACACACACAAAAGAUUGCCACUGCUUUUUUUGUUUCCAUUUCCUUUUAACUUAUAAAAAAAUUAUUAGGUGUAUUUAACUCUGCAUCACUUAGAUUAUACAGACUUAUUAGCAUAGAAAAUAUUGUUUUAGGACUGUCUCACUUUUUUGUCUCUCUGUUACAUCGUUAAUAUUAAAUGGCUUUCUUCCCUUGUGAAGUGAUACUUUCAUACUUCAAUAGCAAGUGGCUGUUUUCUUUUAGAUUUUCUGGUUAAUUUGCUCCUCCCCUCUUCAGUCUCCUUCCUAUCUUGGCUAAAUGUGGGAUUAAUUCUGUCUCACCAUUAACUCUUUUGACUCUAAUGAAAUAAAAUUCAAACUCUGAAAGAACUCCAUAAUUUAGCAAUGGUAGUGGACAUAAUUUACCUUGGUUUAUUUUAUCUGUAAAUUGAAAUGUAUUAGGAAUACCUGGAACACUGUUCUCUACUUAAUAGGAGUUGGAGAUCUCUGCCAGCUCUCUGACAAGAAGUAAAAUGAAUGAGAACAUGUCAAUUGGAUUACAGAGCCUAAGAUACUCUGAAUCCAAGCUUCAGAAAUUGCUUCAUGAAUAUUGUAAGGUCACCGUUGUGUUUGCACAUUAGUUGGACAAAAAGCACUUGUGGACAUUUAUUCAAUGUGAUCCCAAGUCACUCAUGGUUCAUCCAAAAUGGCCAAAGAUAUGAUUUAUGGUCUAUGUUUCAGCAAAAAGUUUGACAGCUUGGACAUGGCGCUAGAUUUAUAUAGUGUUGUAUUUGUAUAUAAAGACUCGACCAUGGAUUCAUACCCUGUGAACAUAUUAGACUUUUAGAUAAUCUGAAGUAGAUCAUAUUGACUAUAACUGACAUUAGCCUAUCUAAAGAAACCAUUUGUCAUUUGCAAAUAUUCAACUUUUUCAUUGAUAUGAUUUCGAUAAAAGCCACACUCAAGAUAUAUUUAACAUAGGUUUAGUACAUGAUUUAGGAAAGUUCAAGAGAGAGUCAAACAGGUGUUACAGGGCCCCGAAAUUGCAAAAAUCAUGUCACUUCAGGUUCUUCCUUGUAGCUAGCAAACUGUGCUGUCAGUCAUCGGUUCCCUACAAAGUUUUCAGGUAUUCACCUUAUGCCCCAGCUCGAGAAAUAGUCUCAAUAAUCCAGUAAGUUCUUAAAAUAACAUUUUUCAUUAACAUAUAUAUCCUUAGUGUUCAAAUGUACUUUCAUUGUUCCUUUCAAGUAAAUACUACCUAAUAUUUGAUAUAAAUAUCAUGUUACAUGUUCCUUUAUAAAGAAAAUUCCAGAUAAAGUAUCAUGAUUUUUUUAGCAGCUGACUACAAACCCUCUUUCUAAGACCCAUUUUUUUUUUUUUUUAAGUUCCAUAUGGUAAUAGUUUACUUUGGAUAUUUGAUCAUUUGUAUCAUAAUUAAAAUUCUUUAGAUGGCAUUGAAAAAAGUAAAUCAACCUUAUAAUUCAUAUGAAGCCUAGAACAAUAAUUGAUAUAUAUGUAUACAUAUACGUAUAUUCAUUUAUCUUGACAAGGACAGUCUGUUAUAGAUUUUUAAUAUGAAAAUUAAUUGACAAUCUUGUUGUUUGUGAAAGCGAUUAUUAAAUAGUAAAUUUUGAGAGGUCACAGAAAUAAUCUCGUGUAGAAGGAAUACAAAAACAGUAGUGUUAAAGUUAAGGUAUGUUAACACAUUAUUUAUUAAGAGGCCACAACAGUUAGUUGUUUUCGUUCUAUUUUAAAUAAAAUUGAUUAUAAGACAUAGUCAUGAGACAAAUAUAUUUAUGUGUAUGUAUAUCUAUUGCAAAACUGUGGGACAAUUAAAUUAUUCACAUUCUCUUUUUCACAAAGAGUAAAUUGCUAAAAAGAAAAAUGUUUGGAUGUUUAAUCUGUUACAACUGUAUAUUCAGAAAUUACAGUUCUAAGGAGUAAUUCUCAUCUCUUAUUAGAAUUGUCAGAACAUAUCCCAUUUUAAUUAAAUUCUCAUGAACAAUAGCAAAUGAGAAGAGAUUUUUUUUUAAUUUUAAGAUGAAUGACUUUCAUUAGUUUGUACCAGAUCUUGUCCAUCAUUUUAGUAUAUUGCUUAUUUUUCAUUUUUUGUAAAAUUCGUAGUCGUUUUCCAAAUAAUGUCAUAAUAUUUGUAUUUUUAAAAUGAGCCUAGUUGAAAGAGAUUUUCUUUACUCUUUCAAUGAUAUUGGAAAAUAUUUAUGUAAUUUAAUUUUUAAACGUUUUUUACAUUUCCUUAGUCAUAUUAUUAAUUUUGGUAUUCAUAAAACUAUGUAGAAGAAACCAUUAUGAAUAUAUUUUAAGAAAGAAGCAGGUAGAAAUAAAUAAGAAAAUAGAUGAUAUUAGUAUCAUGUAGAAAUCCCUGAAAGAAAAUUGGAAAUGAAAAAAAAAUUCUGUUGAGAUGAAGAUGUUGGAAAAUAAGGAACAUAAAACAGACCUUAAUUUCCUACAUUGUUAUAGUAAUUAACUUCUUAUUUCCAAAUGAGUAGUCUAUGCUGUUGGUUCCAUGAAUUGUGCUUUUAGCAUAAUAUAGAAUUUCCCCCAUUUUAGUGUUUAUACAUUCAUUACUUAAAAGAAAGGGAGAAAUUGGCGAAUAAAAGCCAGGGAAACUGGGUUUAUUACCAUUUUCCAAUAGCACUAAUGUAUAGUCCCUUUAACCUUUCAUAUGGUGCUUUGUGUGAUGAGAGUAUAUAACAUUUAUAUAUGUUAUUAGUGCCUUAUUUUUUUCACUUGGCUUUAUUUCUAAUCUAAAGAGCCAUAUAUUUUUUGUGAGUGUUCCUUGGUCCCUCUAUUUAAAGUCCUGAUGAGACAGUGUAUCUUUAGGAAUGUAUAUAGGCUGCAUUUGCUAUCUUAAUCCACUGUAUUUGUAGAAUUGCAGGUUAGCCAAUGUAUUUUUCUUAAAUUCGUUGUUCAUUUUUAAGCUAAAGUAUAAAACAUAUUAAACAAUCAAUUGAAGCCAUUAUAAUUGAAAUAUGUUUUUAAACCACAAAAGAAGAACAAUGAUUACUAAAAUUUAAAACAGGAGUUGGAAUGGCUGUCAGUCUUUGUAUCUAUAGCUCCAAUUAGGACAAAACUAUGAAAAGCAUUAAAAAAGAAAAGUAAUUAUAUGAUACUUCAGGAAUUUGAGCAGCUCUCUACAACUUGUCUUUGGAAAUAUGGUAUCUGUAAUCUACUUCCACACAGACGCUAAAGAACCAUGGUUUUGCUAUUUACAUAUAGUUAUUCAUUUACAGUGAUCUGUAUCAACAUCAAAACAUUUUGUACAAUAUGUUAUUUUGUUCUUGGUCUUUGCCUUUUGUGUUAGCUUUAUACAAAAAGUUAUUUUUGUUGUAUUCUUUAUGUACCAUAAUAUAUAAUUCAACUUUUCCUGAUGAAUGUAUGAUGAAUAAUUAAAAUAAAUCAUGUGCUUAGAAAAGACAAAGACGCAGGCUGUAUAUGCAAAUAUGUGUAAAUAUUAGACAAAGAAAAAAAAAGAAAAAUAAUCUUCCUGCCAACAGAUAUGUCCUGCUGGACAGGACCUGGAAAUUAAUGGAUUUUUUUUAAGCAGUGAAAUUUAAAAAUCUAUUACCUCAAGAAUUUUCAGUGGAUAUGUAUCAGUGUACUGCUCCUUCUUAUUAAAUGCAGUCUCGCUUGCUGCCGGCAGUACAAGCAACCCAAGUAUCAGAUCCAACGAAUUUUAGGGGCAAGUCUUUCAAAAUAGAUACCUUGAAAUAUUUUGGCGUCUAAUUUUAGACUUUCAGUAAUGUCCCUAUGGCCUUCUGUUGUGAUUGGGCUUUCUUUUUUAUUGUUUUUGAUUGGUGGUUUUAGAAUGGAAGGCUAAUCUUAAUUAUGAGAUCAGAUCUCACGGAAGGAUAUAAUGACUCUCACUCUACUUGGAUGAAAAUAUAAUGGGAAUCAACUAUUUUGAUUGUCACUGUAUGAACUGUUGUAUGGUUCCUGUGGAGUGCUGUUUACUCCCAUGAUGUGUGCAAUACACCAUGCAACAUCAUCUAGCAAUGCCUAAUAAAAGUUUUUAAAAGAGAA